GUCGCCUUCUUGAAUAAUUCGAACCAAAACAAGAGAAACAAACUUUUGAGUGCUUCGCCUUUUUGUUUUUUUUGCAUCACCGAAUUCCACUGCAUGUGCCAUCGGAAACCUGGGUGUCAUAGCCAGGCCAGACACCUGCUAUCGGGGAUCGGAUCUAUGCAGAAGGGAUACACUCCAGUGCUAUGCACAAACUUUCCUGGUCAUUCUACGUGAACAAACCCAUAGUUGGAGCUUGAAAAAUGGAAUUUCCUUGAGUAUUCAAUAAGGUGUUCAGUGACAAUAGCAAAAAUGGGUUGUGAAUAAUCGGAUACAGUUGAACCCUUUCCAGUGAGGAAACAGUUAAGUGAAUGUUUAUUUCACUUAUUCAGUAUUAAACUUACAGUGCAAGUGAAUUCAAUUGAUGAAAUAAAAGUGUAUGCAACGGAGAUAUAAAAAUGUAAAACCCGCCCAACGGGAUCUGAAUUCAAAAGAAACUUGUUAAAAAGGAACGAAAAACUCAUCGUCUACCGUGGCUGCUGGUGCUGCUGCUGCGGGUACAGCAGCAACGUCAAACACAUCGGUCGCAUCUGGCAGCAGUUCUAGUGGAAGCAGUAACAACAACAAUAGCAGCACGUCGUUAGGAGAAGGCGCUGGAGCUGGUCCUGCUGCCGGCGCCGUCACGGGCACCAUUGCCCUAGCUACAACUCCUCAGCAGGACAACCGUAAGAUCGGUAACAUGGAGGAGAGUGAUCUCAAGGCGCUUCUCGAGGAAGCAAUCACCUAUAAAUGUCCAAAGGAUCGGGAGCACAAAAGUGAAAUGUUCAAGGAACUUCUCAGCUUUGCCGAGAUGGAAGACAAGGAACAAAACUUUCCCUUUACGAGCCGCGCGGUCCAAACGAAACGUGCCUCGGGUCGACCCACCCAGGGUGGCUCUCUGCAGGAUCUCCCGGAAGCCAGCCUUCAGGAAUAUUACUCGGACUUUUCCUUUACGCCCGACUGCGGCAAUCGUAGUGCACCGUUUUCGCAGAACUGGCGGCGGUGUCAGGGGGGUAGCUCCGGUGCCACCAGUGUGGGCCCCGGCGGAGGCGAUCGGGCAACUAAUCCUCGCCAGAAGCGAACGACCAGCUCGGUUUCGUCCCGGCAGUGGGAGGGUGGCAGUUUGCCCAGCAACGUAAACGUGGAAUGCUCUUUUUUCAAUGAUGUUGGGCAUCAUCAUACCACCGGAACGAUAACCAAGUUCAAGAAGCGAGACGGAGGCUCUAAGAGCGACUACGGCACAAUGGUACUGACGGCACCGUUAAUUACCAGCGCCGGUGCAGCAGAACUGAUUAGUGCCGUGGCCGAUAUUGCUGGUAGCACUGGCAUGUGCGGCGGCAUGAAGAAUACCGAAUCUCAGCUAAUCGAUGGCUGCGGAACGGGUGUCGGUUCGGGACACACCGUAAUCGAUAUGGGGGAGCUGGAAUCUGAAGAAACUCGUUCUCUGUUGGCUGAUGAUGCGUUGCAACAGACCUUAUACGACUCUGGUCUGGACGACUUUGACGGAGGUGGCGGCGAUCUGUACGGCAGUAGCACAACAACCAGCGGUGGCAGCAGUACAACUGGUGCGGCCGGGACAGGUUGCAGUGCGAUAAAGAAAAUACCUCGUCAUCCUGCAGCCAGCUACACUAGUCAUGUCAAUCUGGAAAUCGGUGAACCAUCAUCGACGGUGCGGCCUUCCUCGGUUCAUCAUGUUGACAAGACUGUCUCUCUACCGCUGUUGGAGAGCAACAGAAGUGUGGAAAUUACGCCGAUCCAACACGGUACGAAGUACCAUGCGGUCAAGGUUAUGUCCAGUGAUAGCAUCAAAAGCGACCAAAGCCGGGUGAUGAUGACCUCCAGCAAUACCAAAUACAUCGCCACGCAGGGUAUUGGACAGAUUAUGUCACAGGUAAGGCAUAAAUGUCUUGACGAGAAUGGUAACUCGGUUCAGCAGCUCAACAGCGGUUUGGGAUCGUCAUCAUCGACUGCGAUAGUGGGCACCGGAUUGGUUGGAAGUGGAAAUAGUACUUCGGUGGGUGGGAUCGGAGGGGGCAAGAAGCGGAAGCCAAAAUCAGAUCGCAACACAGUAUUGGUUAUACCGGAAAAGAUUGCUGGAUACCGUGGCAAGGAUCACGAUAUAGAAUCGUUGGUUUGUUAUAUUGAAAACAAGGACAAACAAAAGGACAAUGGUAAUAGGGGAAGUGGUGGAAGUGGAUCAAAUCCGAAGAAUGGCACCAUAGUGAAGGUCGGUAGUGCAAGUGUAGAAAAUGGAGUUUCCGAAGAAAAGGUGCCGAAAAAGAAAAAUGAAAAGAAGAAAGAGAAAGCCAAAUUGAAGAAAAGCAAUUCGUUGGAAGAGCUGAGUAGUUGUAGCAGGAAGAAACAGCAGGCCGAGGAUGAACAGAAUACUCAGAAAAAUCAUGUUGGAGAACAACAACAGCAAAUAGCGGUGCAGAAAUCGCAGGAUGCGGAAUCGGCUGUGACGCUGAGAAGCGGUAAAGGCAAUAAAAAGGCUCAAAACAAUGUGAGUAGUAGUUUGGCAUCUUCGGUGUCGUCUGCUUCCUCGACGACGUCAUCACAUUCGUCAAAGGAAACAUCAGUCACCGGUGGGAAACGUGGAGAGCGCAGGUCGUGGGGAACGGAAGAGCUUAGCUAUCUGGAAGAUAGCCAAAAUCAGAAUCUACAAAGCGUGGAGAAAUUAGAAGAAAAACCUACGAAAAAGGAAAGCAGAAAAGAGUCCAAAGAUAGUGCAGAAUUGAUGACGCCUAUUUUUAAUGCUGGUAAGAAGCGCGACUCAUUACGAAUGUCCGUAGAGUCGUUGUCAGCAAUCAGUGCGGGAGUGGGAGCGGAGACAGCAGAGUUCCAUGUAGUAACCAAGAAAAAGAAAAUGAAGAAAAAGUCUCAUAGUUUGUUCACGGAAGAUCCGAUUUCUACUGCUACUGUUGGCUAUUCGAAUGUGGCUCCAAAUGCCAACAAUAGACGCCAUCUAACGGCUAGCCAAAGUUAUAAUCUGGGAAGCUCAACGAUCCGGAAUUCGAAUAUUAGCGGAAAAUACCAGACCAGCAAUACUUUCACAAACGAUCGAGAUGUUUAUAUGAACUCUUUGACUAUCAGUAAUGACGUCUCUAGAAGGAAAUCGACGUCAUCGGUUCCACCAUCUGAAAAGUCUGAUUCAAGUGAUGCAGACUCUGUGCAAUCGCUCCCUAUCGAACCAACGCGGAAGCAGCAACAGCCUCAUCAAACCGGUGUUAGUCGGCAGUCCGUCGGAGUUCCUCAAUCAUACGCCGACAUCGCUCGAAUCCCAAACGCCGAUCGAAUCAAUAACAAUCUCAUUGGAGCAGUAUCCAAUAGUAGCACGUCACCAUUGGACAGCUCCAGUGUCGAAAAAUGGCCACGAGUUCAAAUGGCCACCGAGGAAGAUCUCGCCCAAGCACUUAAGUCGCCCUCCGCGUUUCCCGAACUAGUCCCAGAAUCGUCUUCAUUGCAGCAGCCUCAGCAGCAGUCGCAACCGCCGAAUCAGCAGCAAUAUCAACAGCAUCAGUAUGUGAAUAGUAGUGUUAAUAGUGUUAGUAGUAAUAAUGUAGGUAACAAUAAUAAAGCGACUUACUCUCAAAGUCUGCUGAUAUCUACUACCAAAGCGGCGGUGGAAGAGGAUGAUUCAUCCAACAGGUUACAGCAACAGCAGCGAUUGGCAACGGCAGCCAGUGGAAAAUUAGUUAGUAGCGUUAACAGUGAGCAUAGUGUAAAUAGUAAUAAUAGCAACAACAACAGCAGCAGUUCUAAAUUAGCGUUACACAAAUCGAAAAGUGUUGACACGAACGAUAUUUACUACUCUAAUGAACAUUACCCUGCACUGGAGAAGACUGUCAAACCGGCAAAAGCGGCUCCCACUGUUACUGCGAAUAGUAACAGCCUUCAAGAACCGAAAACUUCCUCCACGGGUAAGGUGAGCCCUGUGGUCAAUGCCGGACAGUUCCAGCAAAACGCGCUCCCGCAGCCUACUAAUGCGCCGAUGGCAACUACGACGGUUAUCUCUGGUAACCCUAUCGCCAGUAAUGUGACCGGUGCCAAAAAAUCGAAAAAGAAAGAUUCACUCACGACAACCACUACCGCCGUCACUGCUGCUCCUACUGCUCCGUCGAUAUCUCCCAGUGAAGUGGAAACGAUCAACAAUGCCCGGAAUGUUGUGGCGAUCCAAUCAUCUCUGGACACCAUUAACAACAAUAAUCCACUACUAAUUGAGAACAUCGAUAAUGUGCUCUCAGCGGACUUCCUCCAGAAUAAUGGCAUGCUGAGCCGAAGUCCCAAUGGCGGCUUGAAUCCCCAGCAGCCCACACAGAGCACUCCUAAAAACAGUACUAAUAGCACGAGUUUUGCUUCCUCUGUUACGUCCAAUGCAGUUUCCUCCAAGCGAAGCAAGAAGGAAAAAAUGUCCUCCACGAUCAGUCAUAAUUCCGUUUGUAAUAUGAACACUGCGGGUCUUAAUUCUGCAGCUACUAUAACUGCCAACAUGAAUCAUCGCCCAGCCGUGAUAAUAAUGAAUGACCACAAUGAGUCCAACUCAAGUCACGAGUUUACUUUCGGUUUCGAUAUUGACCAAGAGCUGCUCUUUGGCGACUUCCAGGAAGAUGAAGUGAGCAUGCUUGACCAACAGUCGUCAUCGCAGCACCAGUCAUACCACCAUCACCAGCAGAAGCCUUCUCAGCAUCACACCGACAAUGUUCCUUCGCCAACGAGCAAUACUUCGGCGCAAUCCACCGAUCUCGGUUACAGCUCGUUGCAACAAUCGUCCACUUCGACCGCAUCACCAACCUCUUCCAACUCGUCACAACACAAACCACUCCACCAUCACUACCACAAUCAGCCCUCUCAACCACAACUGGAAUCAUACGAGCUGCUUCACUCUACUGACCCUGACACCUAUCGAGACAGCAUCGAGCACAAAUAUCAUCAACCACCGCCACCGAUGGUACCGGCGAUGUACACUCAGCCGCCACCACAACUUCCUCCACCCCAUGUACUGGCCGCUCAGCAGCAAUCGUCUCGUCAGUCUCGCCCGGCCGGUCCGAGCCACUACAAUCUGCCGCCACCGGUGAUUGCGGCCCAUAUACAACAACAGCCUCCACCAGCGCUUCCAGUCGUCGCAGCCAAACAGGACACCGCCACUAACACACCGGCGAUCAUGAGUGUUCCACCGCCGCCUCUGCCCCCGGCAGUGGUCCCGGCGGGGAUACAAGCUGUACAACCAGUAAUCCUGCCAUCUGGACCACCACCAGCUGCUGCCAUGAACGCGACAGCCACUUCCAGUAGUUGCAAUGCGAGUUCUGCCGUUGUCGCUGGCGUCAGCGGUAGCAGCAGCAACGACAGCAAUAUCCAUACUAGUCUCAACAACCAAACGUUAGCCAGUAGUGGUGGCAGCAGUAGCAGCCUCAACAGCUGCUCGUCUACGUCGCUUCAGCAGGAACCGAAGCCUCAAGGACAGCAAGCGGUUCAACAGCUGCAGCAGCAGCAGCAGCAGCAACAGCAGCAAAACACCGUGCAACCUCAGGUGCGGGAGAAAAUUAAGGAGAUCAAUCUGAGAUUUAUUGCACCGGAGCAACUCCAGACCAAUCACAAUCACGACAAGAUCGUGAACUUUGUCGGAAUGGCAUGGGAGGACGUGAUCUGUGGAACGAAUGGAAGCGCCAAAUAUUACGAGGGAGGACAAUAAAACAUGUGGCUGGACACGGCUUCAACGAGGAACCGCUCAACACACCACACACACCAAGGGGAACAUCCUAAAGAACUCUGGCAAAUGAGCAGCACGUGCACGGAUAAUCCAACUGUCACAACUCCAACUCCUUCAACUGUUUUCGUUCGCGAGGGUUGGGCAUGUCAGCGUGCGUUGUGUUGAACAGAGACGCAAGAAUGAAUGAGCAUGUAGAAGUUACAUACACACAAGACUAAAAUCGAGCAGCAACAAGAAUCUAUGUCAUAGUAGGAGUAGUCGAGUAACAAAAAGUCAUAACACAUGUAAUGGAGGGUAAAAAAAUCAAACAAUAACUAAUUGCAAACAGUUAGGAAGUUGCAAGAAAAACAAUGCCAAGCAUUAACACUGAAAAAAAAUGCACUGCAGAUGUGCGCGCAAUGCUGUGUGAGUGAGCAAAUAUAUAUGUAGAAUGUUUAAAAGAGAAGCGAUAAUCACACACAAGAGGCCACCCACUCUCACAUAUACACACACACACGUACACAAGAUAACAAAUAGGACACAGUUUUGGCUUAUCGAGUUACUAGUAAUUAUGUUAUUUUUUGGCUGAUCUGGUUGGAAUGGGAAGACUUGUUCGUUCGGAAAGCUUAGGGGAAAAGGCAGAGUAUACAUUUGUCAGUCUUAGCAGUCUCAGUUCCCACGUUUUCUAAGGUAAUUUACUCUUAUAGGUUUAUAACGCGAAUUACCAUGCUGCUUGCUGCUUUUGGUUUUGCAAAUGCUCUGAAAGAAAGUGUUGUUUUUUUGUACAGUGUUAGAGAGCGUGCGGAAAGAUGUGUGAGUAGAAUUGCUUGCUUUAUUUAACGAUUAUUAUUAUUAACAAUAUUGUUCAUUUUAUUCAAGAUUCAAUAGAUUGUUUUCGUUUUAUUGCCUAUUGUUUGUAGAUGGGAGUAAUAAACGUAUAAUGAUGUGAACAGAAGCGAUCAUCGGUCUGAACGGAGACGGGCGGAUGCAAGAAUGUGGAAUUUAGGUAAUGCAUUAAUUUCGCUAGUUAGAUAAUCGAAAGAAAAAAAACGCGGAUAUAAUAUCAAUAUACAUUUAGUCAAGGAAUGAGGUGUAUGUGUGCGAGUGGGAAGGUAACCAAAAGAAGCCAACAGCGACAACAAAUUGUUAAACUGUUCGGGGAGCCGAAAGCUCCAGGAGGGGAUGAUACAAGUGUCCGAUAACACCCAAUGUGAUUUUUAGUAACUAAUCAAUAUAACCGAGAAACAGAAAAAAAUAAAGCGAGCAAAAGGGUGAGAGGUGACUCGCGCUAGAAAAAAAAAUCAAGAAAACAUGAAAAAAAAACAAAAAGAAGAAACAAGGACUGCUGCAGCUUCAAAACUGUAUCAAAGUUACUGACUGUAUUUAAGAAUAUAUAAAGAGGAGAAUAAAUUAUAUUUAAAAAAUAAAGAAAGAAACAUAGAA